AUGCUUCCGCUGCUCUUGGUAUAUGUUGCAGAGUACACCAUCAACCAAGGCGUCGCACCUACUUUGCUCUUUCCUCUCUCGUCGAGUCCCUUCGACGAAUACCGGUCCUUCUACUCUACCUACGGUGCUAUCUAUCAAGUUGGUGUCUUCAUCUCACGAUCAUCUACUCCGUUCGUCCGAAUCCACCAGCUUUACGUCCCCUCCUUUCUGCAAGUCGCGAAUCUAGUCCUCCUCACAUUGCACGCAAUGUUUAACUUCCUCCCCAAUUUCUACGUAGUGUGCGUGAUCAUCUUCUGGGAAGGGUUGCUUGGCGGCCUGGUCUACGUCUCGACGUUCGCGGAGAUCACGGACAACGUAGCUAAGGAAGACCGGGAGUUCAGUCUGGGAGCGACGAGCGUGAGCGAUUCGGGUGGUAUCUGCAUCGCAGGGUUCGUGAGUAUGGCUUUCGAGCUAUGGUUGUGCAAGUGGCAGGUCGAGCACGGUCGCGACUACUGUAAGCCGCAUUGA